AUGUCUUCACCUGCUCUGAAAUCUGGAAAAAUAAGUGCUUAUGCAGCAGUGAAAGUAGACCCCGAAAGUGACUAUUGUACUCCUGGAGCGUUUGAUUUGGAAAGGCUCUUCUGGAAAGGUAGCCCAAAAUACACCCAUGUUAAUGAAGUCUGGCCCAACCUCUACAUAGGAGACGAAAAAACUGCACUUGAUCGGUACAGCCUUGAGAAAGCUGGCUUCACCCAUGUCCUCAACGCAGCCCAUGGACGAUGGAAUGUGGAUACGGGGCCCAACUACUACAAUGACAUGGCCAUUGAGUACUAUGGAGUGGAGGCAGAUGACCUCCCCACCUUCAAUCUGAGCCAGUUCUUCUACUCUGCUGCAGAGUUCAUCGAUAAAGCACUCCAGAAUGAGACCAACAAAAUCCUGGUCCACUGUGCCAUGGGGCGCAGCCGCUCAGCAGCCUUGGUCUUAGCCUACCUGAUGAUUUACAAGCACAUGACGGUGGUUGAUGCUAUAGGUCAGGUGCUCAAGCACAGAUGCAUCCUCCCGAACCGUGGGUUCCUGAAACAGCUCAGAGAACUGGAUAUAAAGCUGGCCUUGGAAAGGAAAAAUGGCACCAACAGGAUCAACGGUAGCAGAGAGAAGGAGGCCAGCACAGAGAUUUAA